UGCGCACUGUCUAACUUUCAAAAUAUUAUCUGAUUAGAUGCAAUAGUUCUUUGGUCUAUUAUAGGAUUAUGAAUAUAUACACGAUUUUCUACGCGCAAUUUAGUUCUUACAUUGUGGUUAAGUAACUUGUGCUUUUAGAAGAUUAAUAAGAUUCGAGUAAUAUUAUAAUUAUUUAAUGAUAUUACUGUUAAAACAAUAGAAGAACAAUGACAGUCUAUACAUUAAGCAAAUUACCAUCUUUAAUUCAAAAUACAAGAAAUCAAAGUAGGCCUUUCUUUUACUGGCUUACUGUUGUAUUUAAUAGAGUUGAUGCUGAACGUGUAAAGGAAAUUGGUCCAGAUCGUGCUUGUGCAGAAUGGCUUUUAAAAAAUGGAGCAUCUGUCAGAUGGAAAGAUUUUUCUGAACCAUUAACUGAUUAUAACGCAUUACCAUCUAGUGGAAACUAUUACAUUGAAUCUAUUGAAGCAAAUGAUGCUGGAAUAUGUGAUGUAGGAUUUCCACAUCUUGAAGGAUGCAAACACAUAAAAAAUAUAAAAUUGGAAAGCUGCAGAUACAUUGAUAAUAGAGCUAUACCAUAUCUAUCGCUUAUUAAAGAUUCUUUAACUAAUUUAGAAAUUAUAAAAUGUAAAAGCAUUGAUGAUGGUGGACUACGUGAAUUAAAAGUAUUGAAAAAUCUAAAAGAAUUAAAAAUUAAAGGAUUAUCAAGUAUAACGGAUAAUACUGUUCACAAAGAACUUACCAAAGCUUUGCCCAAUUGUAAAAUAGACUUUGAAUGAAUGAUUUAUGUUUGACUAUUAAUUAAAUUAUUUUUGAUAGAUGUGUUAAGAAUUGUGUGUAAAUAUAAUAGUAUAACAUAAUAAAUGAAAUAUAAAUAUGAAUGCACACUGGUUCCUUUAAA